UUAGCACCGCCGCCGGCGGCCACACCACAACAUAUACACUCACGGGGACUCGACAAUGCACUCGCACGCCGCAAUGCUGCGAUGGCCUUAACUUCCACAUCUUCUUCGACUCGCAUAGAGAGAGCGCGCAUUUGCAUACCCGCAUUCACGACAUUACGACAUGCUGCAUAAAUUGCAUCGUUUGGCAUUUUUUCUUUGGUCUUCCGCUGGCGCGCAAGUCGUCCAGACGAGACCAGCCGCCGCCGCCGCCGCAGCAGCAGCAACAGUACCGGCAUCAUCAUCAUCAGCAGCAGCAGCGUCGACGUCCCCACGACGCUUCGGCGCUCCCGCAAGGACGUCUCAUUUCCCAUGGAGCGACAGCACAUGGGAAGUGGCACGGGCGGGCAUCCGCUGUCAAGCACGACGCAGGGUUCCCCAUGGAUGGCCUGUGGAUCAGCUGGGGUGUCUCGGAAGGAGUGAGGGGAGGGAGAAGAGGGGGAAAUGGGAGGGGAUUGAGUGGGCAGACAAGCGCGCGGGGUCCGCCACUCACCUUUUGUUCUUCGAUUCGAUUCUUGUUUUUUUCGUUUUGGAUUUGCAUAGCUGCGGCGCCAUGGCGGGGAGGAUUGCUGAGAGAGUUCUUCUUCUUUACCCACCCAUCCAUCUACCCUACCCACCUUUACCACUAUAUCUCGUACUCAGACGCAUCGUAUCUUGCGGUGCGUCGAUCACCAUUAGUACCAAUUUGUUUCUCUGAAGAUCUUAAGAUAAAAAAAAAAAAAACAUUUAGCGCAAUAUUUACCUACUAUCUAGUAGCUAGCCAUCAAGCAAACAAACAAGA